GUCAUCACCGCGCGCCGAGGCAGGCCCCGCCCCUCGUCGCUUUUCCGCUCUCAGCACGCCUCCCGGCACGGCGCCGUGCGGCGAGCGGUGCUGCUGGCUCGGGCCCGUCAGCAGGGCCACGCUGCGGUAGUGGGGCUGAGGAAGGGGGAGUCGAGGCCUUCCUCCCUUCGGUAUAAGCGUCAUCACAUCGCUGCGUGUGAUUUAAGGACUUUUGGAGCCGCUGGGAGCAGCAGUUAGGGAACGAGGGCCUCUCACGUUCAGUGCGUUAUCCCGGCCUCGUGUGUCUGUGGCAGAGGAGAUGCGGAGGUGACGUUUGCAAAAAGCAGUUGGGAGUUAUCCCUGGAGCUAUAGGAUCUUUAACUGUGUUACUACUGAUGCUGAUUGCUGGAAUUCUUCAGGAGGAGAUGGAAAUGGCAGAAGAUAUUAAUGCAGAAGAAUAUCCCACUGAAAUUCAUGAUUAUCUUGCAACAUUUGAAAAAUCUCUUACUUCAGUAGAUGAGAUGUUGAAGACAAUGAUGUCAGUUUCUAGAAGUGAGCUUCUCCAGAAGUUAGAGCCUCUUGAGCAAGCAAAACUGGAUUUGGUUUCAGCGUACACAUUGAAUUCAAUGUUCUGGGUAUACUUGGCUACUCAGGGAAUCAAUCCAAAGGAACAUCCAGUGAAACAGGAACUGGAGAGAAUAAGAACAUACAUGAACAAAGUCAAAGAAAUAGCAGACAAGAAAAAGGCAUCCAAACUCGAUAAAGGAGCAGCUUCCAGAUUUGUAAGGAAUGCACUCUGGGAACCAAACCCUGAAAAUGACCAAACUCCUGCUAAAGCAAAGAAGAGAAAGAUGAACUAAUUUUUUUUCCCCUUUAUGUUAUCAGAGACACCUAGAGUUAUCAAAAUGUGUUUUCUGCACUGUAUGAGUCUCGCGGAAGUGCUGUACAGCAACAUCUUGAUUAAAUUAUACUUAAAACAUUUUGCAGGGUUGUAUUUUGUCCAGGAUGCUCCUCUCUGAGGUAACUAUGCACUGAGGUUU